UUUUGCUUCUUAUCAUCUCAAAAGUUAGCAGAUCACUAAACUCAAAUCACAUCAAAGCUCCGUGAGCCCGUGACCGAGCCCGCCACUAAGCCCGCCACGUGUUCGUCAAUGAUUAGUGCACGAGUAAAGUAUUUUCGGUAUUUGCUCAUCAGACCCAUGCUAAUGUGAUAUGUCACUACACCUAUAUAUAAUGACAACGCACACAAUUCCUAUUGCAAAGUUUUCAUUUUUGAGCAGAGAGAGGGGAAGGAAGAAGAGGUGGGAAUGGAGUUUUGGCCGGAGUUUCUUGCGAGCAGCACCGGAAAAGAGUUUGUAGCGGGAGGGUUUGGAGGCACUGCCGGAAUAAUCUCCGGUUACCCGUUAGACACUCUCCGUGUGAUGCAGCAGAACUCCUUCAACACUGGCUCCGCCUUCAGCAUCCUGAGAAAUGUGGUGGCCAAUGAAGGACCAACCGCUCUCUACCGCGGCAUGGCUGCACCUUUGGCCUCUGUUACCUUUCAGAAUGCAAUGGUUUUCCAAAUUUACGCAAUCCUUUCGAGGGCAUUCAGUUCGUCCGAUUCGGUGAACGAUCCUCCUUCUUACAAGGGUGUUGCCUUAGGAGGAUUUUGCAGCGGUGCCAUACAGAGUAUGCUACUAUCCCCUGUUGAGUUAGUUAAAAUUCGGCUUCAGUUGCAGAACACAGGUCAAUCGAUAGAAACCCAGAAAGGUCCUAUGAAGGUGGCAAAAAACAUAUGGAAAAUAGAGGGUCUUCGUGGCAUUUAUCGAGGACUUGGGAUCACCAUGCUAAGAGAUGCACCUGCACAUGGUCUUUACUUUUGGACAUAUGAAUAUGCAAGGGAGAAGCUUCACCCAGGUUGCAGAAGAAGUUGUGAAGAGAGCCUGAACACUAUGCUGGUAUCAGGAGGAUUAGCUGGGGUGGUGAGUUGGGUUUUGAGCUACCCUUUGGAUGUGAUAAAAACAAGAUUGCAGGCUCAAACACUUUCUUCACAGAAAUACAGAGGAAUUUUGGAUUGUCUUAGGAAGAGUGUUAGAGAAGAAGGAUAUGAGGUGCUAUGGAGGGGUUUGGGAACUGCAGUUGCUAGAGCUUUUGUGGUGAACGGUGCUAUAUUUUCUGCAUAUGAGAUCAGUCUGAGGUGCCUGUUUGAAAAAUAACAACUGAAGCAUUUAACUGUAGAAACAAUCAAGUUGAAGGAUCUUAAUGUUCAAGUUUUGAGGGAGACAUAGCAACCACGUACCAUUGACAUUCAGAUUUUAUGUUUGAUAUUUUCCAUAAUUUCCAUUGUCAAACAAUUCAUUCACAUUCAGAUCAAACAAACAAAGGAUCUUCUUAGACCUGUUUCCUU